AUGGCGCCGCCUCUCUCGUCCUUCGACGUCUUCGGUCGCGACAGCGGCUUGUUUCAUGAGCUCGAUGCCCGCGACCUCCAAAACCCGACGCGCACGCAGCAGAUAACCCUGGGCGUCAUCGGCGCAUACGUCGUCGCCAUCGCCAUUCUGUGGAACGUGCCCUACGUCAAGAUGAUACUCUGGCCCUUCAAGAUGCUCGUCAUCGCCUUUCACGAGUUCGGCCACGCCAUCACCGCCGUCCUGACGGGCGGCCGCGUCAAGUCAAUCAGCCUCGACCCCAACGAGGGCGGCGUCACCCACAUGCAGGGCGGAAUCAGCGCCAUCACCCUCCCGGCCGGCUAUCUGGGCUCUUCCAUCAUCGGCGCCCUGCUCACCUUUUGCGGCUUCAACAUCGUCGCCUCCAAGAUUGCCAGCAUCGUCCUCGGCGUCUGCUUCCUCCUCACCCUCUGGUGGGGGAAGCGCGACUGGCUUACCGUCCUCACCGUUCUUUCCGCUGUCGGUCUCCUCAUCGGCUGCUGCGUGUGGGACAUCUGCGACGACCUGAUUCUGCGCAAAGUCAACUCGUCCGACGCCAGCGUCUUUGCCAAACGCUACGGAGGCUCCUCGCAGUGCUGGGGGGUGAUUUGGUCCAUUAUCUCGGUCCUUGUCAUGGCCGUCGGCAUUGUCGCCGGCCUGGCCGCCUUUUCGCAGUCUUUCGAGCAGCAGCAGGAGGACUCGAAGCACUUUAUCCCGACGUAG